GCAUGUAAUUAUCCCAAGAAAAUAAACAUUUCUUUCGCUUUCCUUUGUCUGCUACUAUGUCCGUCUUCUUCCUCCCUACCCUCCCUGAUCUCAGCCUUACUGUCGUUGUUACCGUGAGAGGCCAAAUAGAUCUCUGGCCAUGUCUGGCGCUGCUAGUUCCUUUUACGUCAAGUCCCGCCGCCUUGAAGGGAAAGUUGCUCUUGUAACUGGUGGAGCUUCUGGCAUUGGAGAAACCAUCGUUCGACUCUUCUUAAGCCACGGAGCCAAAGUUUGUAUCGCUGACAUUCAGGAUGAGGCAGGUCUCAACCUCUGUGAAUCUCUCGGCGGGGACCAACUUGUCUCCUUCCUCCACUGUGAUGUCACCGUCGAAGAUGACGUACAAAAUGCCGUUAACUUCGUCGCUGAGAAAUAUGGCACCAUCGACAUCAUGGUGAACAAUGCCGGUGUUUCUGGAAACCGAGUUACCGACAUUCGAAACGUAACAUUUGAUGAGUUUAAGAGUGUGUUUGAUGUGAAUGUUAAUGGUGUUUUUCUAGGUAUGAAGCACGCCGCAAGCGUAAUGAUUCCUCAAGGUAAAGGCUCCAUUAUCUCUUUGGCCAGCGUUUCGAGCAUUUUAGGUGGUUUUGGCUCCCAUAGCUACACAGGCUCUAAGCAUGCAGUCUUAGGACUCACCAAGAGUGUGGCAGCCGAGCUGGGAAAGAAUGGCAUACGUGUGAAUUGUGUUUCUCCUUACGCAGUUCCCACGAAGCUCUCAUUGGCUCAUUUACCCGAGGAAGAGAGGACUGAGGAGGCUGUAAAGAGUUUUCUUUCUUUUGUGGGCCGUAAUGGCAAUCUAAAGGGUGUAGAUUUGAUGGCGGAGGAUGUGGCGUAUGCUGUGCUUUACCUGGCAUCUGAUGAAUCCAAAUACAUCAGUGGGCUAAAUCUUACUGUUGAUGGAGGCAUUACAUGCGUUAACACUUCUCUUCGACCCUUUGGUUAAUCUCGAGGUUGUCAAAAAAAGAUAAGUACGUUCUGAACUCUUAUUAUUUUGGCAAAUAUGGCAUUUAAUUUUUAAUAAUUGGUUGCUGGAUUCAAUGCGUGUUGUUUGUUACAUACACCAGGUGAUGAUAAACUUCUCUUUGUUGCUUAAUGGUAAUCCAUCAGUUCAAGAAUUUCAAAUUUGUAUUAAUGGCUUGCUAAAGAUUGUUUGGAAUGAAUGAAAUUGAUGUCGUCUUUGUUCUUUCA